AUGAAUGAAAACUUGGGUUUGAAUAACAGAAAAGUAUCCAGUUCAGCUACUCCUGAAAUAAUAACACCUUACAUAAUAUCAGCUGAUAAGGGAAAAAUGACUGAUAUUAAUGUUAAUAACGAAGAAAACUUGCAAUAUACUAAUUCAGAACCAAAUUACUCUAAUAAAGAAGAAAAUAAUAAUGACCAUUUACUUACUGGUUAUAGACCCUUUAGAAAUAAUGUAAAUAGCGAAGACAAUUUGUCAGAUACUAAUUCAAAAACAAAUUACUCUUAUGAAGAAGAAUAUUAUGAUGGUCAUAGAUCCUUUGGAUCUGGCUCACGGGAAAGUUGGUGCAUGGAUCCUCAACCAUUA